AUGAGUGUCAUCCACACGGAAGACGUUCAUACUAUCUCUACAAUUGCCAUCAGCAAGACUCAGACAGACAUCGAGAAGACACCUUCUGGCCCUGUUCUUCCGCCGAAAGCCAAUGGAUCUUACAAGGUUGAUCGGCGGGUCGUUGAAGUCCCAAAGACCUAUUCUUGGGGUGAGCUGGAAGAUGCAACGGAAACAUACUUCUUAAUUACGGCUUUCCGGGAUGUAUGCAAGCAACCCGCGGACCCACUCAAACUGGCUGCAGGACUUGCAGAUAUGCACCAACGCUCGAUCUCUCCGACUGGAAAAUUCGGAUUUCAUUUCUCGACAUGUCACGCAAAGAUUGCCCAAGCUAUCGAUACCUGGGUAGAAUCAUGGUGUACUCUUUACGGACGCCACCUGGAAUAUGUCAUCGAGCUUGUUAAGCCGAUUCUUAAGUGGCCAGAGUUUGACGUUGUUUGCGACCUCACAUUGAAGAAGGUGGUGCCGCGUCUUCUACUGCCUCUACAAGCAGACGGCAGGACCCUGAAGCCUUGUCUUUUGCACGGUAAUUGCUGGGAUGGAAACAUAGCGGUGGAUGCUAAGACUGGUGAGGCCUUUGUGUUCGACACGUGCUCUUUCUACGGACACAACGAAUAUGACACUGGAAACUGGAGAGCACCAAGGCACCGGCUGAGUAGCAAAGCCUACAUCCGCAACUAUAAGCGUUGUUUUCCGCUAUUUUGCCCCGACGAUCUCAAAGCGGAGAUGACCAAGCUCAGCCGGAGUACGGUUUCCACUGACGCGGAAAAUAAUGGCUGGAUGACUGACCAAGACUACGAUGACACGGUAGCAGGGGCGUCUGAGAGUGAAGAAGAAGAGGAGGAGUUGCCAUUAUAG